CUCUGUGCCUCAGCUCUAAAUGCACUUCAGUGGCUCAGUGGACAGCGUGAUCCGAGCAGAGCCUCCGAGCAGAGCUGGACUGAACCGCAGGAGUAACGUCCUUCUUAUCAAAUGAGUGGAGCAACAUCACUUGUUCCAUUUUUCGUGGGGUUCAUUCUCACUGCGACAGGUGUGCAAGCCACUUGUCCCAUUGAGCUGAGCCCCCCCAGAGUUGUGGUGAAAUAUGGAGACCCGGUCUCAGUGAACUGCAGCACAUCAGUGAGACAGCACACCGGAAUGGGAUGGGAGGCGAAAAUAGGAGGCCGCUCUCUAGAGAUGGUCAACCAUUCGACCUGGACUGUGGGGAAGCUGACGGAAUGGACCAUCUCUCCCAAAUGCUUCAUCAACCUUAAAAAUAUGAAAGAAGGUCCCCAGUGCCAAAAAAACCUAAACAUUUCUCUUUACACGUUCCCAGAAAACAUCUCAAUCAACUCCAGCAGCGACUCCCAUGGUGUGAUGAGAGAAAACAAGCAAUAUAACCUCACAUGUCACAUCCGACACGUGGCACCUGUGGAAUAUCUCAUUGUCACGUGGUACAAAGGAGAUAGACCAGGAAGCAAGUUCAAUUUUACCAAAACUCCCACUAAGAAACCAGUGGAUGAGCUAUCUGUUUACACAGUUACACCGACUAGACGGGACAAUGGCGUCACAUUCAGAUGCGAGGCAACUAUGGACCUCGGGCCAGAGGGGCCACAACUGAAUGUAUCAUCACAAGAGAUUAAUAUUACAGUUCACUAUGGACCAGAAGUAAAAUGUUCUGACAUUAACAUACUGGAAGGGGAAACUUUGGAGAGUAAGUGUCCUGUGGAAGGAAAUCCCACCCCCUCGGUCAGAUGGAUGAAAGAUGGCAAGCUGAUGGACCCGAGCCAUCCUCUGACCAGGGAGAACGCAGGGCGGUACAUUGUUGAGGCCCAGGGUGCCUCCAACCUCACAAAAGACAUCCAGGUUCUGGUGAUGUAUGGACCAGAGCUAAUGUGUCCACGCUCUUACACUAUAAUGGAGCACUCUCCUCUCAACCUGAACUGCACGGUCAAGGGCUACCCUGAACCGAAGAAAACAUGGUACAAAGAUGGUGGGGGGGGUAAACUUGAAGGGAACCUAACAAGAAAUGACACAGGGCUGUACGUGAUCACAGCUUCAAACAAUCGGUCAAGUGUCAACGUGACAGUGGAGAUUAAUGUCAUGUACCCUCCCUCACUCAUAGUUGAGCUCGAAGACUCUGAAGUUAAGAUUGGUUCUGAUGCGUUCCUGAACUGCUCUUCCAAGGGAAACCCAAGGCCAACAUAUAUCUGGAAUUAUUUCAAUGCCACCAAUGUGAUGGAGAAAAAUGAAGAGGGAUACUCCCUUCUGGCCAUCCACAAUGCCACUGGGUACAACAUGGGCUCCUACACGUGUCUCGCCUCCAAUAAAGGAGGACAUGUCUCUAAAACAGUCAGACUCACUGUGAAAGAUGCCAAGCCGGAAUGCCCUAUCGAAAUUACUCCACACAGGAUGGUGAUACCAUACCGGGGGCCGACCCAGACCGCAGCGUGCAAACCGACAUCCGCCGGCGCAAGCAGUGUCACAGAGAUAUCCUGGGAAGUGCACGGGAUUAAAUUUUACAAUGAAAGCUGGAGCCCUGAGACCCGUGAAGACUGGGACCCGAGGCCUUUUUGUACCGCUACGUUUCGAGGAUUAGGACCAUGCCAAAAAUAUUUAAACUUCACUCUCUACAAAACCCCAGGCAGCGUCUCCAUCCGCCCUGUCCAUAACAGGACGUCAGUGGUUGAGGGCAGUGGGCUCCAGCUGCAGUGUGACGUGAUCAGUGUGGCCCCUGCAGGGAACCUCACUGUGCGCUUGUAUCAAGGAAAUGACACCCUCCAAACACUUAUCGGAGGCCCAAUGCGGGUGGCUGGCUGUCUGUUUGAGAACGGAACAAAGUGUGACAUCAGUGUGGUCAGAUCACCGGUAGAUGUGUCGUACACCAUCAACAUCACUGCGAACAGAGCGCACAACGGAGUCGAGUUCAGAUGUGAGGCUCAGAUGGACCUGGGACCCGAGGGACCGCAGCCUCCUCCGAGCAUGAGGUCCGAGCCGCUCAGCAUCACCGUCCACUAUAAGCCUGCCAUCAACACCACAAAGCUCCCAAAGAAGAUCCCAGUGUUCAGAGGUUACCCUGAGGAGCUGGACUGUGAGGCUGAUGGUCACCCACGUCCAAACAUCAAGUGGAAUAGCACAAACAAAGUGCUCCGAGUGACCAAUGGCACGCUCACUGUGUCUGAAGCAGGCCUCUACAACUGUACCGCGACCAAUGAAAUUGAAUCCACCUUCUAUGUGGUCGAAGUGAUUUUAAAGGAGGACUACCUGCCCCUCAUCGCUGGAUUCGUGGCGGUCACCGUCGUUGCAAUCUCCAUCGUCUUCCUCUUCAUCUACUCGAUCUACUACAAGAACACCAGGAUGCGUCGCUACAGCCUCAAAAACCCCCGACUCAGCACCCACAACGGUAACGUCGCUCACAACGGCUGGGACAUGCAGUUUCCAAUGACUAAACUGUCUUAGCGGGACGCCUGUUGAUGGACAGGACAACCGACCACUCUGAAUGAGCUGCAUCUCUCUUGCCACCAACCGUCACUGAAGGCCUGAUAACAGUGACUCCCACUGCUCUGUUUGGAAAUCAUUUGAAUUCCCCCGAGGUUCACAUUUAUUGUCCCACGUUUCAUAUUUUACCAUUCAUAGAAUAAUCCGAUCAUAAAAACCCAGCAGCCUUGGCUUGAGAUGUACAUUUGUAAAUUUACUACUGGAUUCUACCUGUUUUCACUGGAAAGAAAGAACGGGAGGAGCAAGAACUUAAACAUUCUCCGCCGGACUACUUCACUUUCAUGUGCACAAACUAACAUGACGAAGAAUGUUUUUGUUGACUUUGGUUUCGCUUACGCUUGUUUCUUGCUUUUCUUUUCUGCCCCCUAAUAUUCACACAAACGCAAAUCUCAGCGUGUGUGUCUCUAUUUCAAAAUUGUUGUUUUAGAAUGUGUUUGAAGAAGUGCAGCCCCUGAGACUGAUGUGAACGCAUUAACAGGAAGUGCAAUGAAAGUGUGAUACUGAAGGUGUGAAUAACAGACCAGCGUGGCUCUGUGCGUGGACACUGCGUUCCGACACCAUUCACUGAGCCCAUUGUCCCUCCGCUAUUCUUUCCGUACGCGACUAUGCACUUCUCUCUGUUUGUAGCCUCAUCUGUGCCUGGCCCUUUGCUGUGCCACAACGUGUCAGGCUCCGGCCACAGGGGGACAAAUUGGCCCGUUCCUCACUUGUAUGCUUUUGUCUGAAUGACUGUGGGCAUUUUCAUUUUUUUGCCUAAUGCCUAUCAGAAAUGUACAUUUAGGAUAUUUUUUAUGUAAAUGGAAAAAAACUUAUAUUUAUUAAUGAGAAUCAGUAAAGAUGGAAGACAUUGUUAUUGACAGACUGCAGAUAGGUAUGUUGCAAGAUGGAAUAGAUGAGGUCCUGCCUGUGACGAUAUGGACAUGAAAACUAUGUAAUGUAUUUGUGAAUAAUGCUGUAAAUAUUUGUGACUGGCAUAAAACUGUAUUUUAUUAUUAAAAUGUGCCUUUUCAACAGAAUUGCCUUAAAAAAAUUAAA